AUGGACAGCAGCCUGUCCAGGACGGACGAAAAGACUGAGGCACACGAGAGAGCGGAGAGACAGAGUCAGCAAAAUGACGAGCCAUUGGAGACUCCAUCAGGCAUCAGAUUAUACCUGAUCUUCGUAGCGCUGAUCUUUGCUGCGUUUCUGGUCUCCCUCAACGCUUCGAUUGUCUCGACGGCCACCCCGUCCAUCACGAAUGAGUUUAAUGCGAUAUCCGACAUAGGAUGGUACGGCAGUGCAUAUCUGCUGGCGACGUGUUCCCUACAGCCGCUGAUGGGAAAGUUCUACGCCCAUUUUCCUGCCAAGAAUGUCAUCAUGACUGCCAUCUCCAUCUUCGAACUCGGCUCCCUUCUUUGCGGUGUGGCAACCUCGUCGAAUUUCUUUAUCGUUGGCCGCGCUGUUGCGGGCACUGGAUCCUCUGGGAUCCUCAGUGGAGCUCUGAAUAUAAUGGUUGCAUCCGUGUCGUUGGAAAAGAGACCUUUGGUGAAUGGUAUCAAUUUUGCUAUCUCUGCCACCGGGAACGUGAUCGGGCCUCUGAUCGGGGGCGCCUUGACGCAACACGUGAGUUGGAGAUGGUGUUUCUACAUAAACCUUCCGUUCGGUGGCUUGACCUUGCUUCUGCUCUUCCUCGUCAACGUUAGCGACGCUCGGUCCGAAACCAAUCGCAAUCUCGACCUGGUCACAACUCUCCGGCGAAUCGAUUUCGCCGGUUGCGCCAUGUUCGUCCCGGCGACGAUGAUGUUCCUUCUGGCGUUUGAAUGGGCUGGAUCUGACUACGGCUGGGAUUCGCCCACCAUUAUUGGCCUGCUCUAUGGGUACGCUGCUGCUCUUCUCGUAUUUCUUGCCGUUAUGGUUCCAGGUCGUCAAGGGGGCCAGUCCGACGAUGAGCGGGGUGAUGAAUCUCCCGAUCAUGUUGAGCCAGUCGCUGCUACUGGUCUUGUCAGGUAUAUCACCAAAAUCGGAUAUUAUAUCCCGUUUGCCGUUGUCGGGGGUUCCUUGACAGCCAUCGGAGCCGGCUUGUUGAGUACUCUCACUCCUACCAGUAGCGCAGGCAAAUGGAUCGGAUAUCAGAUAUUUGUUGGAGUCGGUCGAGGAAUGGUCCUUCAAGUGCCUCUCACCGCCGUCCAGGCCGUCGUCCAUAGAGAUCAAUUACCGCUUGGAUCCGCUCUCAUCAUGUUUUGCGCGUACUUUGGCAGCGCGCUGUUCGUCAGUCUCGGCGAGACUGUCUUCAUCAACCGGCUGCUGCCAGCAUUGCACCAAUAUCUACCCCAUGUUCCACCAGAAAGCAUCAUCCGCGCUGGAGCGACAAAUGCCCGAUCGGCCGUGCCGGCGUCAGAUCUGCCAGGGUUGAUUCUUGCGUACAAUCAAGCCAUUACUCAGACGUGGUAUCUAUCGGCCGGAGGCUCCACCCUUGCUGCCCUCACCAGCCUAGGGAUGGGCUGGAGAAACAUCAAAGACAAGAACGAGUAA